GGUGGACUUGGCUGCUGUGGUCUGCCUCCGUUGUGGCUGCAGUAAAGUCCAUUCUAUCUUAGUUGCAAAUAAAGAGUAGAAAUACUGUCCAUUUCUCGUGUUAAACAAGUGCAAUUUCAACGUUAAUAUACCCUCUAUACAUCAGGUAUCGAUGUAGCGUUCGGGGUAACAGAUUACAUAUAUAAAAUUCGUCAAAUACUCGCGUGGCACACAGGACUUUGUCGUCGUCGUCGCAAAAGCGAGUGUGUGAUCUUGGACUUAGAAAAUUUUUGCUCGUUUCGGUGUCUGAUUAUCAGAAGGUUCACCUCGCCAAGUUACAUUGCAUUGUGUGAGGAAUAGCCAGACAAUGAGCGUCGAAGCGGAAACGGCCAAUUCACAGGGCACCACCAAACAUGUGAACGGCGGAAGCUCCGACGAGCGACCGAACGGGAUAACCAACGGGCACUCGGCGGACGGGACUGGCGAGGACCGCCACAAAAGCCACAAGAGCUCGAGCAAGGAUAAACACCGGGAUAAGGAUCGGGAUAGGGACAAGCACCGCGAGAAGGAUAAGCACCGGUCGGACAAGGACCGGGACAAGCAAAAGAGUAGCAGUUCAUCGUCCUCCAAAGAUAAGGAUCGCGACAAGCAUAAGUCUAGUAGUAGUAGCAGCAGCAACAAGGACAGAGACAAGGAUCGUGACCGUGAUCGUCAUAGCAGUUCCCACAAAAGCUCCAAAAGUGAUAAGGAUCGCGAUCGGGAGAAGGACAAGGACCGUUCCAAGGAUAAGGAACGUUCGAAGGACAAGGACAAGGAGCGUUCCAGGGACAAGGACCGUGAAAAGGACAAGGACAGGAAGGAUCGCGACAAAGACAAAUCCAGCAGUAGUAAAGAUAAGGAUAAGCACAAGAGCAGCUCGUCGUCGUCGUCGUCUCAUCGCGACAAGGACAAGGAACGAGACAAGCACAAAAGCAGCAGCAGUAGUAGCGGUAGGGACAAAGAAAAACAUUCCAGCAGUAGCGGCAAAGAUAAAGACCGAAAGGAUCGCGAUAAACAUUCAUCAUCGAAAGACAAGGAUCGCGAACGAAAGGACAGAAUAAAAGAGGAGGAUGAAGACCAACCCGAGGUGAAGCAGGAGAUCAAGGAGGAACCACUUCCCAAUGGCAUGGAAAGUAAUGAAUCGUCACAAGACGUUAGAGAAAUUAAACAGGAAGAUCCAUUGGAUGUUUCGCAAGCCAGCUCGUGUGAUUACUCGCUAUCGCAGUUCAGACCUGACGAAACGCCGUUCGAUAUUAAGGAGGAAGCCCCGGAUCCGAACAGCGCCCAGGAUGAAGACGAUCAAUCCGAAGAGACUGAAGAGCCCAGUGUCGCCGAGCCGGUUCCGGAAAUUAAGCAGGAGUCCGACUCCGAGGAUGAUGUUCCACUGUCGAAGCGCAAGAAGAAGGAUGAUGACGAGGAUUUCCACAACAGCAGCAACAAGAAGAAGAAGGUGAAGCUUGAGAAGAAAGAGAAAAAAGAGAAAAAGAAGAAGCGCGCCUACGAAUCGGAUGCUGAGUGUGGCGAGGAGGAGGAAGAUUACGGUGCUUCCAAGAAGAAAACAAAGAAGAUCAAGAAGGAGGCUGUUAAAAAGGAGACCAAAACUAAGGUUAAGACUGAGGUGAAGCAAGAAGUAGAAAGCCCAACUAAAGGCCGCAAGAAAAAGAAGGAAGAGGAGGAGCAAGAAGUUUGGAAAUGGUGGGAGGAAGAGAAACGCGAAGAUGGCGUCAAGUGGAAUUUCCUCGAGCACAAGGGUCCGGUGUUCGCCCCACCGUACGAACCACUGCCCAGCAACAUCAAGUUCGAAUACGACGGUAAGGAGAUGAAGCUCUCGCAGGAUACGGAGGAAAUCGCUGGAUUCUAUGCUCGCAUGUUGGAGCACGAUUACACUUCCAAGGACGUAUUCAACGAUAACUUCUUCAAGGACUGGCGCAAAGCGAUGACAUCGGGGGAGCGCGAGAAAAUUAAGGAUCUCAAAAAGUGCAACUUCCGGUAUAUGAAAAAGUUCUUCGACGAGCUCUCGGAGAAGAAUCGUAACCGUACGAAGGAGGAGAAGCUGAAGUUGAAGGAGCAAAAUGAGGCGCUGAUGAAGGAGUACGGAACUUGUAUAAUCGAUGGGCAUAAGGAAAAGAUCGGUAACUUCAAAAUUGAACCGCCCGGUUUGUUCCGUGGUCGUGGCGAACAUCCGAAGAUGGGUCUCGUUAAGAGACGUGUUAUGCCGGAGGACGUGAUUAUUAACUGUGCAAAAAAUAGUAAAUAUCCAGAAGCCCCCGAGGGUCAUCGAUGGAAGGAAGUUCGCCACGAUAACACAGUCUCGUGGCUAGCUUCAUGGACGGAAAAUGUGCAGGGCCAGGUCAAAUACGUUAUGUUGAAUCCCAGCUCAAAGUUGAAGGGCGAGAAGGAUUGGCAGAAGUACGAGACGGCUCGACGUUUGCUCAAACACAUCGACAAAAUCCGAGAGACGUAUCAUGACGAAUGGAAGAGCAAGGAAAUGAGAAUAAGACAGCGCGCCGUUGCGUUGUACUUCAUCGAUAAACUCGCGCUGAGAGCUGGUAACGAAAAGGACGAAGAUCAAGCCGACACGGUCGGUUGCUGCUCGCUACGAGUGGAACACAUCGAACUGCAUAAGGAACUGAAUGGAAAGGAGAAUGUGGUGGUGUUUGACUUUCUCGGUAAGGAUUCCAUCCGGUACUACAACGAGGUAGAAGUCGAGAAACGUGUGUUCAAAAAUUUGGAAUUGUUUAAGGAGAACAAAAAGCCCGGCGAUGAUUUGUUCGACCGGCUCAAUACCACCGUGAUGAACGAGCAUUUGCGAGAUUUGAUGGAUGGAUUAACGGCAAAGGUGUUCCGUACUUUCAAUGCUUCCUUUACGCUGCAGAAUCAGCUGGCGGAACUAACGGACCCGGAUAUGACUGUGCCUGAAAAGCUGCUUGCCUACAACCGAGCGAACCGAGCCGUUGCCAUUCUGUGUAACCAUCAGCGUGCGGUUCCCAAGACCCAUGACAAAAGUAUGUCGAAUUUGAAAGAGAAGAUUCGCCUCAAGCGCGAAGCGGUUGACACUUGCCAGCGAGAACUAAAGGACUUGAAAAAGAGCUCCGUCCGAGACACGGUUGCCCGUGACAAGAAAACGAAACAACUGGAGCGCCUUAAGGAUCAGCUGAUGAAGCUCGAACUGCAAGAGACUGAUAAGGAUGAGAACAAGACAAUUGCAUUGGGAACGUCCAAGCUCAACUAUUUGGAUCCCCGUAUUUCUGUGGCAUGGUGCAAAAAGUUCGGCGUCCCGAUUGAGAAAAUCUUCAACAAAACACAGCGAGACAAGUUCCGAUGGGCUAUCGACAUGGCGGAUGAAACUUACGUGUUCUAAGAAGCAAGUGGAUUCCAGCUACAAUUAUAACUUUGUAGUGUAGCUACCGAUUGUAAGUGUUCAAAGUAAUAUCCAACUAUGAGCGAUAUUGUUAGAUGAGAAAGUGUUUCGUUUUUAGAAUCAUAACAAUUUUAAAAUUGAUUUUUCCAUGUAAAACGGGAAGAGAUUCUGUCCCUGGUACACACACAAAACUAAAAUCAGUUUGUAUAAAGUUUAUAUUUAUUAAAAGCUAAGAUAUUACACACGACAAUGAAAGGUAUCAUCAAACAAACUGUCCAUAUCCCCCAGAGGAAGAGAGUAGAUGAGUCUACUGCUAUACAUAAUUGACGAAAGAAUGAAUUAGCAUUUUCCUCUUCACAUUCUCGCGUGCGUUUGUAUUCUUUUUCUUCACUUCACUAUGGAAAGGGUAAUCUGACCGACCGUCACACCCUUCUGACUACAGAAAAAAACGAAUGGAUAGUUCCUAAAAAGGGAGCGGCAGUGAAACCAUGUAACACUGUGCACUGUCAUGUGAUUUAUUUAUGCAACAACAACAAAAAACUGAAAAUAAACUGGUUAAGCCACCAGAUAAAUAAAAAAAAUUCUUCAGCUUCA